AUUUAUUUUAAUAUUACAUUUUACUCUAAGUUCAUAAACUAAUAUUUUAUGAUUUACUUCAUUUAGAAAUUAAGAUUGAAGAGUGAUAGGUGUUGAAUUUUUAGUUUUCAUGUUCAUAAAUCUAGUUUAAAAAAAUCAAGCAUUACUGUUUAUAUUUAAAUAAUUAAGAAAAAAAUAUAUUUAACAUGUUGGCUUGUCAACAAUCAAAAAAUCUGCUAUACAGUGUAACGAAUACAAAUAUAAAAAGGUGUCUAGGUUCAAUAUCUGAAGAUUCCGGCCAUGCUCAAUAUGUAUAUAAUCGUAACCCUAGAAAUUUGGAAAAAUUAAGAAUUGCUUACAAACCAGCCGGUUAUCAUCUCGAGAAACCCGGUCGUGAAUAUUGGCAUAAGCUACAAGUAACAACUAGUAAAAGGCAUGUGACAGCUAGUGUUUUACAUCAUACAGGUAUGGUUCCAAUACUGGCAACUACUGCAGAAUGGGCUAUACGUAAACAACUUUUCAGUACUCUAGAUAAAAUGGCAUUUAUAACUAUUGGAAAAGUGUUAGCACAACGUUGUUUGGAAUGUGGUAUUUCUGAUAUGAUAAAUACCUAUGAAGUGUUGCCGAAUAGUAAACUUGAGGCAUUACUAGAAAAUUUAUCUAAAGGUGGUAUACGUUUAGAAGAAGAUCCAAGAUACAAGUUUCCAAAUCCUUGGGAUCAAGAAAGACCAGAAAAACCUUGGGAACAUUAUUAAUUCAAUUUCUUGAACAUAGAUGUGUAUUUUAUGCAUUUAUAUUUUGUGUUAAUGUAUUAAACAAAAAUAUAUUUACGAUAGUAGUAUUUUAAUUUUUAAUAAAAAAAAAAAAGUAGAAAUUAGUUUUUGUUUUGACAAGCUUUGAUGGACUUGAAGGGUCUAGUGUCUUUUUUUUGAAAUGUAUGUUUUUACAUUAUCUAAUAAAGAAUAAUUUUUUCUAC